UCAGUAAAAUCGUGACCGGCCGGCUAGAUGCUUCUUCUGUUUUGAAUCGUGUUGUGUGAAAAGAGUACUAAACUUGUGUUAUGUCGUGGUUUAAGGAAGAGAGGAAAACCUCCUUCAUAAGAACGUUCUGCAAUAAUGUCAUCAAAGCCGGUCAGAUUCCUAAACACGUUGCCAUCAUAAUGGACGGGAACAGAAGGUUUGCGAAGAAGGUGAAGUGCGAACGUUCAAAGGGACACGAGAAGGGUUUUGAGAAGUUAACAGAGGUGCUGGAAUGGUGUUUUGAUCUUGGAAUACCAGAAGUUACAGUUUAUGCAUUUAGUAUUGAGAAUUUUAAACGAUCAAAAGAGGAAGUGGAUGGACUCAUGGAACUUGCCACACAAAAAUUUGAUAGAUUGAUGGAAGAGAAAGAAAUGAUCAUGAAGCAUGGAGUUUGUGUGAGAGCGCUUGGUGAUCUCACCAUGUUACCAGAAGAGUUACAAAGAUCAGUAGCAAGAGUUGUGAAAUAUUCUCAAAAUAACACCAAAGCAACCUUGAAUGUUUGCUUAGCAUAUACAUCAAGACAUGAAAUUUCAAAUGCUGUUAAAUUAAUGGCUGAAGGUGUUGAACUUGGUUUAUUAAAAGCAAGUGAUAUUAGUGAGUCAUUACUAGAGAAAUGUCUCUACACAUCACACUCCCCACACCCUGAUAUGUUGAUAAGGACAUCAGGAGAGGUGCGGUUUAGUGAUUUCUUAUUAUGGCAGUGUUCAUAUUCCUCAUUGUCAUUUCUCAAAGUUUUAUGGCCUGAGUUUUCAGUGUGGGAUUUUUAUGGAGCCAUUCUCUCAUUCCAGUGGAAUUAUAAGGCAUUCAAGGACGCUACUGAGAGCUGUAGGAUAAAGCAAACACAAGCAGAGUUGGACUGGGAGCUACAAUGUGUGUUGGAUGAAAUGGCAGGAGUAUCUGUUUCAGUCUCCAAUGGCAAUGGUCACAUGCCAAACACAAGAUCAGCAUUUGAACAGAAUGGCACCACAACUGAAGAAAUACCCUUAACAAAUGGUUACCAUGGGCCUCAAACAAGCAAACAUAAUGUUGAAGAACUUAUUACUACGCCUUGCAUUCAACAGAGACUAGAAACAUAUAGAGAAUCAAAGCAGGUCAGAAUAGGUAAAUUUCUGGCUUAUUUGCAUAACAGACAAGAUGAAUAUCUUGAAAGAAUGUGCCCAAAAGUGAUGUGAAAGUAUACUUGUUGCAUGAAACCUCCCAAACUUAAUACUUCAGAAUUUGAAAACAGAAUAAAGCAGUUGUGUGAGGCCAUUCAUAAAGAAAGGAAAUCAACCAA